UUCGUAAUAGCGAAGAAUACAAGACCCAUAAACCUGUGAGCCCUAUUACUCGAUCAGAAUCUCAGGAACCAUUCCAUAAUCUUCGUUCGUUAAUCUCAAAAUCCAACAAAGUCCAGCUUCGGCACGAUAACGACUACUCUCUCUCUCUCUCUCUCUGCCCUAAAUUAUUCACCGAUCAGAAUCGUUACCACUCCAUAAUCUCCAUCUUGUAUCGAUCAGAGCUCAGCAGGUCCGGCAACGAUCGUCGGCUCCGUCAACGAUAACAACAGGGCUUUCUGCAAUGCACCGCGUGGGCAGUGCAGGGAACACAUCCAAUUCAGUUCGGCCUCGUAAGGAGAAGAGGUUGACAUAUGUGUUGAAUGACGCUGAUGAUGCAAAGCAUUGUGCAGGCAUAAAUUGUUUGGCUGUGUUGAAGUCAUCAGUAGCAGAUGGGUGUGACUAUCUUUUCACCGGGAGCCGUGAUAGCACAUUAAAGAGAUGGUCGUUGGCUGAAGAUGGAGCUACUUGCUCUAGCACAUUUGAGUCGCAUGUCGAUUGGGUCAAUGAUGUUGUCAUUGCAGGUGGUAAUACUCUGGUUUCCUGUUCCUCAGAUACCACACUCAAGGCAUGGAAUUGCUUUUCUGAUGGAACUUGUACCAGGACUCUCCGCCAACACUCAGAUUAUGUUACUUCUCUUGCUGCUGCCCCGAAAAAUAGCAAUGUUGUUGCCUCUGGUGGGCUUGGUGGCGAGGUCUUCAUAUGGGAUCUAGAAGCUGCACUUGCCCCAACGUCUAAAACAAGUGAUGCAACAGAAGAUGAAUGUUCAAAUGGUAUCAGUGGUCUAGGGAAUUCGCUGCCCAUUACUAGUGUUCGUACCAUUGGCUCAAGCAACAACAUAUCUUUGCAUGCGACUCAGUCUCAUGGGUAUGUUCCGGUUGCUGCUAAAGGCCAUAAGGAGUCAGUCUAUGCGUUGGGAAUGAAUGAUAGUGGGACCCUUCUUGUUUCUGGUGGAACCGAGAAGGUUGUGCGUGUCUGGGACCCAAGAACUGGUUCUAAGACCAUGAAGCUUAGAGGGCAUACGGAUAAUGUAAGGGCUCUGCUUUUGGACUCUACUGGCAGGCUAUGCUUAUCUGGAUCAUCAGAUUCUAUGAUCAGACUUUGGGACCUCGGUCAACAGCGUUGCGUGCAUUCUUAUGCGGUGCAUACAGAUUCUGUUUGGGCACUCGCCAGCAACCCAUCAUUUAGUCAUGUCUAUAGCGGUGGGAGGGACCUAUCUUUAUACUUAACAGACUUGGCUACGAGAGAGAGUAUAUUGCUUUGCACAAAGGAACAUCCUAUUUUGCGGUUGGCAUCGCAUGAUGAUGGUAUAUGGGUCGCAACAACAGACUCUUCCAUGCAUAAAUGGCCGGUUGAAGGUCAUAAUCCUCAGAAAGUCUUUCAAAGAGGCGGUUCAUUCGUGGCUGGUAACUUAUCAUUUACAAGGGCAAGAGCUUCCUUAGAGGGAUCCACCCCGGUUCCUGUUUAUAAAGAACCAUCCUUUUCCAUUCCUGGCACUCCAGCUAUAGUUCAGCAUGAAAUUUUGAACAAUAGAAGGCAUGUUCUAACUAAGGAUACUGCUGGAUCAGUAAAGCUGUGGGAGAUUACGAGGGGCGUUGUGGUCAAAGACUUUGGAGAGGUCUCAUUUAAGGAGAAAAAGGAAGAGCUGUUUGAGAUGGUCAGCAUUCCUGCAUGGUUCACUGUGGAUACGAGGCUUGGAAGCUUGUCUGUCCACCUGGAUACGCCACAAUGCUUUUCUGCAGAAAUGUACUCGGCAGAUCUUAACAUCGUUGGGAAACCUGAGGAUGACAAGGUUAAUUUGGCUCGUGAAACUCUUAAGGGGCUGUUUGCUUAUUGGUUAACCAAAAGAAGGCAGAGAUCUGGAUCCCAAGCUUCUGCUAAUGGAGAAGUUCCAUCUGGCAAGGAUAUUUCUGCUAGGAGUAUUACCCUUUCAAGAGGAGAGGUUGAUGGUAAUGUUGAAAAUGAUACCGUCGUUUAUCCUCCAUUUGAAUUUUCAGCAGCUUCUCCUCCUUCAAUUAUUACUGAGGGCUCUCAAGGUGGUCCAUGGAGAAAGAAGAUUACUGACUUAGAUGGAACAGAAGAUGAGAAAUAUUUUCCUUGGUGGUGCCUGGAUUGUGUGUUGAAUAAUCGCUUGCCUCCCCGGGAAAAUACCAAAUGCAGCUUUUACUUGCACCCAUGUGAGGGUUCAUCUGUCCAGAUUCUCACGCAAGGGAAAUUGAGUGCACCUCGUAUAUUGAGGAUUCAUAAAGUUGUUAACUAUGUUGUAGAAAAGAUGGUUCUCGACAAACCGUUGGAUAGUUUGGACCCUGAUGGAACUUUUGCUCCUGGACUUACUGGAGGACCAUUGCAGCAUCCAGCUGUUGGAGGCGAUGGUUCUUUCAGAUCUGGGUUGAAGUCUUGGCAGAAGCUUAAGCCGUCAAUAGAGAUCUUGUGCAAUAAUCAGGUCUUAUCCCCUGACAUGAGCCUAGCUACAGUCCGCACUUAUAUAUGGAAGAAACAAGAGGACCUCGUCCUCAACUACCGAGUGGUGCAGGGCAGCAGGUGACACCAUGGAUCCGGGUGGAUCACUACUUACGUGGCAGGAUGUAAUUGUUAUUCAUUUCCUCUGUUUUAUGGAAUGGACCAAUCCCAAGCAUCUAUCCUGGAAGUGAGACAAUACUAAUCACACAACAAGAGAAAAAAAUAUUCUGUCAAGCUGGUACCUUGUUUUAUUUGCGUCGUGCCAACAACAGCCCAUAGGACUGUUAUUAAGGUGGAUAGUGCUGAACCAAUGUGUAUGUCACAUGUCUUCCAAUACUUCUACAUACUAUCAAACACUUAUACACGCGCUUCUACUUUUCUUACGCAUUUUUUAAAUAGAUUUUGACUUGUACCUCGAGACGAUUGACAACCAUUAGCAUUUCUACUUAACUAUAUCAUACUUUUUCAGUGAAGCAGAUAUGAGUCUCUACUGUACUCUUGGCUUACAGUUUCUAUGUUACCAGCUCUGGUGCUCUCAUUUUUUGUUACUCUUAACUGUUUGAUAAAUGGGAUAUACUCGAAGUAUAUUGUGAAGUUUAUAUUGCUGAAUAUGCGUAAAAGUUUCCUGAAACAAA